CCUGUGGAUGGAACGGGAAUCCUUUUGGUGAAAUCGAGACAGGGUGGGAGCUUAGGGGUGGGGGUGCGCAGCUAGGAGUAGAACCUAGGAUUUGUUUUUGAAUGGACUAGGAGUAGAAGCUAGAAGAUGCUCCAUAGUCACGAGCAGACAGACCGUGCUUGAAGUCCUACAACUUGCGCUGAAUGUGAUGGUUUAGUCCUAGUAGAACUUGCAUUUUUACCCUACUCAGUCCUUGAACUUGCAUCAAAUGUGCAAAUUUGGCGCUGAUCAAUCACAGAGCAACAUGUGGACGCGUGGGUGCCGACCCGGUCGGCAUGUGGCAUUUUGCAAAGAGGCCCCUGCCUUUGGUUUGAAUCUGUCCGGCGUCGUGCCGCCCGAGCUCGCCCGGCUCAACCGGCUGAUCACGCUCAGGCUCGACUCCAACAGGUUCACCGGCGGGGUCGACGGCAUUGCCCUGCCGAGGCUGCAGGAUCUCAACAUGUCCAACAAUCUCUUGUCUGCGAGGAUUCCGGUGGGCGAUGGCGGGGUUUCCGGCCGAGGCAUUCGGCGGGGACACCGGCCUGUGCGGCGCGCCGCUCCCGCCGUGCAAGAGGAGAUGCGGAACGCGUCCCCGUGCCCUCCUGCCGCUACCAUGGCACUUCGCCCUCGUCGAACCUGCAGGAAGGCAAGGGGAAGAUGAGCCACGGGGUCGUAGCCGCAGUUGUAGCCGCGGACUUCGCCGUGGUCGGGCUCGUGGCCGCGCUGCUCUUCUGCUACUUCUGGCCGCGCCUCUCCGGGCGGCCCAGCGACAGGCGCCACCACGAGGGGGAGAAGAUCAUCUACUCCUCCAGCCCGUACGGCGCUGCCGGAGUGGUCACGGCGGCCGGUGGCACGUACGAGUGUGGAAAGAUGGUGUUUCUGGAGGACGCCGGUGGGAGGCGGUUCGAGCUGGAGGAGCUGCUGCGCGCGUCUGCGGAGAUGCUCGGCAAAGGCGGCUACGGCACGGCGUACAAGGCGGUGCUCGACGACGGCAGCGUCGUGGCCGUGAAGCGGUUGCGCGACGCGGCGCCCGCGGCGGCGUCGACCAAGAAGGACUUCGAGCGCCACAUGGUCGUGCUCGGCCACCUUCGCCACCCCAACGUCGUGCCGCUCAACGCCUACUACUACGCCCGCGACGAGAAGCUCCUCGUCUACAAGUUCAUGCCCAACGGCAGCCUCUUCUCCCUCCUCCACGGUAACCGAGGGCUGGACCGGACGCUGUUGGACUGGGCGGCGCGCAUGCGCAUCGCGGUGGGCGCCGCGCGCGGUCUCGCCUACAUCCACCACGCGAGCUGGCGCGGCGGGAUGACGCCCAAGCUGGUGCACGACAACUUCAAGAGCACCAACAUCCUGCUCGACGGGUCGGGCGAGGCCCGCCUCGCUGACUGCGGGCUGGCGCAGUUGGGCACGUCGUCGCCGGCGGCGAGCUCGACGGGGUACCAUGCGCUCGAGGCGCCGGCGCCGGCGUCCCGGCCGUGGGCGUCGCAGAAGGGCGACGUGUACGCGCUCGGGGUGGUGCUGCUGGAGCUGCUGAUGGGGUGGUGCCCGGGCAGCGAGCUGCCCAAUGGCGGCGUGGUGGCGGAGCUGCCGCGGUGGGUGCAGUCGGUGGUGCGGGAGGAGUGGACGUCGGAGGUGUUCGACCUGGAGCUGAUGAAGGACAAGGGCAUCGAGGAGGAGAUGGUGGCCAGCUCGGGCGGCACGACGCCGGACAGAUUCAAACCAAAGGCAGGGGCCUCUUUGUAAAAUGUCGUGCGCUGACCGGGUCGGCACUCACACAUCCACAUGUUGCUCUGUGAUUGGUCAGCAUCAAAUUUGCCCAUUUGAUGCAAGUUCAAGGACUCGAUAGGGUCAAUAUGCAAGUUCUAGGACAAAACCAUCACAUUCAGUGCAAGUUGUAGGACUCCCGAUGCUUUUAACUCUUAUUUGAAUAUGACCCAGUUUUUU